AUGGCUUCCACUGUAAGGCUGCUUCUUCUGCUUAUUGCCUCGUUGUUUCUGGUUCCAGAAUCUCUUUUGGCCCAGAAUGAUGACGGAAAAGUAGCUGUAGGUGCUUCUUUCGUUGCAACUGCAGGUAACAACUCCUCAUGGCUUUCUCCUUCUGGUGAUUUCGCCUUUGGUUUUCGACAACUUGAAAACAGUGAUAUUUUCCUGCUUUCUGUAUGGUAUGCUAAGAUUCCAGACAAAACCAUAGUUUGGUAUGCCAAUGGAGAUAGUCCUGCAGCUGUAGCUAAGGGUUCAGUUGUGAAUCUGACUGCUAACAGUGGACUAGUGCUUACAAGUCCUCAGGGUGUUCAGCUUUGGAGAUCUGAGUCCCUCUCUGGAGUUGUUGCCUUUGGGGUCGUAAAUGAUACAGGCAACUUUGUUCUUCAAGAUGGGUUAUUACAGCUUGUCACCGUAAACUUGCCAACUGAGUUUGCCAACCGGCCUUACUAUGCAAGUGACACAACUGGUGACUUAAAUUCUUCUACUGCUGGUACAAAGCUGGAGUUCAAUAGCUCAGGCUACAUGUAUGUUUUGAGAGAGAAUGGUGAAAAAGUCAAUAUCAAAGAAGCAGACAGAGUCUCAGCCAGAAGCUUCUAUCUAAGAGCAACUCUCAACUUUGAUGGGGUUUUUGCACUAUACUCUCACCCAAAAAGUAUCACUGGUAACGUAAGCUGGAGUCUUGUUUGCUCAGUGCCAGAUAACAUAUGCAGUAUGACUGUUGAAUCAGGUCUUGGUGUAUGUGGCUACAACAGUAUCUGCUCUCUCCAAAAUCAGAGACCAACCUGUGAAUGCCUAACGAGAUACUCAUUACUGGAUCCGAGUGAUCCGUAUGGGAACUGCAAACCGGAUUUCAUUCAAGGCUGUGAGGAAGAUGAUCUGACUGUUACAAAAGAUCUAUAUGAAGUACUGGUGCUGACAAAUACUGAUUGGCCAACCUCAGACUAUAUGCAGUUAAAUCCUUCUACUGCGGAAAGUUGCAAUGAGUCUUGCUUUGGAGAUUGUAUGUGUACUGUUGCCAUUUACAGAGCUGAUACCUGUUGGAAAAAGAAGUUACCUCUUUCAAAUGGGAGACAGGACGGAGGGCUUAAUUCACAGGCCUUCAUCAAAGUGAGGAAGGGAAAUUUUACUCUACCGCCUCAAAUGCCAAGCCCGGAUGACAAGAAGAGGAAGAAUCAAACCACUUUGAUACGCAUUGGAUCAGCACUACUUGGUACCUCAGUCUUUGUUAACUUAAUUUUAAGUGCUAUAGUUUGUCUGGGUUUUUUCUUCAUUUACCAAAAGAAACAUGUAAGGGGUAUGUCUAACAACCAAGUUUUGGACGCGAAUCUGCGCGCUUUUAGCUAUGAAGAGCUUAAAGAAGAAACAAAUGGAUUUAAUGAAGAGUUAGGAAAGGGUGCAUUUGGAGUUGUUUACAAAGGAAUACUGCAAACUGGUUCUGGUGUCCCAGUGGCAGUUAAGAAGCUAUAUUUUGUGUUACAAGAUAGUGAGAAGGAAUUCAAGACGGAGCUGAACAUAAUUGGUCAGACACAUCACAAGAAUCUGGUUAGACUUGUUGGAUAUUGUGACGAGGGACAAGAGCGGUUACUAGUAUAUGAAUUCUUGAGCAAUGGCACAUUAGCAAACUAUCUUUUUGCUGAUACCAGACCAAGUUGGAGGCAAAGAAUUGAUAUUGCUUAUGGAGUUUCGAGAGGACUUCUGUACUUACAUGAAGAGUGCAGCACGCAGAUUAUCCACUGUGACAUUAAGCCUCAGAACAUUCUGCUAGAUGAUUACUACAGUCGGAUAGCUGACUUCAGAUUGGCAAAGCUUUUAAUGAUGAAUCAGAGCCAGACUCAAACAGCCAUAAGAGGAACAAAAGGUUAUGUUGCACCUGAGUGGUUCCGGAACAUGCCAAUCACUACCAAAGUCGAUGUGUACAGCUUUGGUGUGGUGCUGCUAGAGGUCAUUUGCUGCAGGAGAAGCGUUGAAAUGGAAAGUGUGAUCGAAGAGCGUGCAAUUUUAACUGAUUGGGUUUAUGAUUGCUACCUCGAAGGAGUCUUGGAUGUUGUUGUAGAUUAUGAAGUUGAGGCCUUGAAUGAGAAAACAAAGCUGGAAAGACUCAUCAUGGUUGCUCUUUGGUGCAUUCAAGAAGACCCUUCUGUUCGACCGACUAUGAGGAAGGUUAUGCAGAUGCUGGAAGGAUUAGUGGAAGUGCAUGUUCCACCAAGUCCAUCACCAUACAGCAGAACUGGCUGAAACCGACUCUGUUUGAUCAGCAUUGUGUAGGUUUCCUGUUGUUAGUGUCUAUGUAGUUGUUUUAGUAAUAAGUUUGUAGACGCUUUUUUUCAUCAAAUGCAGUUUAGAAGCUGUAAGUUAUGAUCUUGUUGGGAAUAAUAAUGAAGUCAUUUCCAAACCUUCAAGUUC